AUAAUAUGUAUGCCUGCAGGUAGAGUAAAUUUUAGCUGAAUAAAAUUUCUGUAGUGCUCAAUUAAAAUUGGAUGAUGACAGUUAAUGUGAAGUAAAAUUACCGCAGUACGAAAGUUAAUCGUCGUCGCCUGCACUGUCCAACUGCCAGAACUAGGAAAAAUCAAUAUUGGAACAUUUCUCGUGACCAUCAAAAAUUUACUAUGAAUUUAAGCGAAGUGAAAUUGUGCGCAAUGCAGUGAAGAGAAUAUCAAAAUAAAAACACUUAUAUAAUUCGUUCUAAAAAAGCGAAAACCGAAACAAGAAAAAAGUAUAGGAAUGAUAGAGUAUAGAGACUCUGUCAGAAUUUUGUAUCCAAUAGCUAUGCGCGUUUGUUAUGUGUGUUUGUGUGCGCUUAGCCUUAACAUCCAUAUGCUCCAAUCAAUACAGUUGCUCGAAGGCGUUAAAAACUAAAACACAUUGCAGCUGGCAUUGUGCUGUGUUAAUACAUGAACACUCUCGCAUACAUGCAGCAAUUUUCUACAGCUACAGCUACGCGGUUACCGUUUGCGUUAAGUAAAUGAAAUAUUAGCUGGCAAAAACUGCGCUGAAUAAACAGAGCGCAAAAAUUAACAAGAGACUACAACAAUUCGUACCCCCAUACAUACACACACCUGUCUACUUCUAAUUCAACUGCCAAGCGUACACUGCGCGCCGCCUCCACAAUACAAUGGGCAAGAAAAAGGUACCGAGCGAGGACCUAAUUGUCCCCCCACAGGAUCAGCGCAUUUGUGGCACUAUUUGCGUGUGUCAAAUGACGCUAGUGCUCAGUUCGGUGGCGCUAGUCUAUCUAACUGUCGCCAUUUACAUGCCGUCGACGCGCGCCUUCAAGAGCGGCAUCGAUCCAACGCCCGUCAUGUGCACCACCACACGUGCCGUUAACAAGGACAACUGCGAGUGGGGCUCGUGUGGCGAAUGGUGUCUGAGUAAGACUUCUGGCGCCUGCAUACAAAUCUACGUAAAUCUACGUACCAAUGGCACCAAUCUCACCUUCCAGAAUUGCACGAAUUCGGCGAAUAAAACGUGCUAUGGCAUCGAUCAGGACCGCGCGGAUAAGGCGCGUUGCAUUAAUGAUGAGUGUAAAAAUUUGACUGGCACAUUCAAUUGCACUGAAGGUCAAUGUUUGAAUAUAACCGAUGCUUUUGAGUGUGUUUUCAAAAAUAGUGAUUCGCCGGUUAAGUGUUCGGGUAGACGGGGGAAAAUCAAUUGUAUGGACAUAAACGGUUUGUUUUCGUGCAAUCGUGGCACUUGUCGCAAAAUUCGUACCCCCUACAAUUGCGAUCGACGUUGUGUUGACAUACCAACACGCAAUAAGAAUGUAGUAGUGCUAAGUGGUGACAAAGUGUAUUUGUCGCAAUGUCAGAACGCUAUCAAUACAGAGACAAAAGAAGAGGUGUGGAACGAGUCGGCCGACAAUGUAGUGAUGGCCUCGUGUUACUUCAUCAAAAAUACCUCGGAUCGUGUGGAGGCAUUGGAUUGCAUCAAUGGUUCCACACUCGAACACAAUAUGCUCACCGAUCUUACCAAUUUCACCUAUCUAAGUCAUUUGCACAUAUCGGUUUCGGUGCCAACACCAGAGAUUGCACCACCUGAUUUCGAUCUAACUAUUUCGAACGAGUCGAAACUAAUGAUAAAUCUUGAGGGUUGUGUAAAUACGCUGAUGGAUGAGUGCAAGGAGUUCUUGAAGGAUUUCGGUCGUGAUGGUAGCGAUCAUAAUGCACGCGCGCGCUUCCCUUGCUUCUACUCGCCCUUGAAAAAGGAAAUUGUUGUUGCGCGCUUCGAUUUGGAAGUCACCUAUCGGCAAUUUGUUGUUGCUUCGGUAGUGCCAUCAGUGUUGUUCGUGGUGUCCUGUUUGGUGUUGCUACUCUGUCAGAAGACCGUUUAUGUGGGCGACGAUGCAAAAAUGCGUUUCAAAGGUUGUGUGGAUACUGAUACGAUACUGGCGAAAAAUAAUAUAGGCUCCCAAAAUAAUUUAGGCGAUACUGGUGGAGGGGGAGGCGACGAUGUAAUGGCGCUAUGAGAUCCGUCACCAUACUUUCAGCUGCAUCAACGCGGAUUGAAGCCUGAAAGCUCAAAUAUUUACCCACCUUUUUGAACAUUUGUGCUGUUAUUAUUGUCCG